AUGUCUUCCCCAGAAACCAAAGUCCCCAAAUCAGAAGUGUCAGAAAGCAUUUCCCACGAAGAAGAUCUCAAAUCCAAGGAAAUACAGCCUACAGAAACUGUAAAUAAAACAGAAACUGUAACUAUAAAAAAUGAGCACGAUAACAACGAUGCCCCCUGCAAUGAUAUCCUUUCAAACAUAGAGGAAACAGAAGCAGUAAAGGAAGAGAGCUCGGAGGAAAAUCAAACAGUAAAAAAUGAACACUUGGAAGAAAGAGUGAUGGACAGAAAUUUCGGGAAGGAAACUCCACCCACAUACCCAGAUGGAGUUCUAAAGGCUACUGCUCGGAAUAUAGAAGGUGUCAGCAACAGUAAAUACGACCCUUCUGUUCUACCAACAACUGAUGAUCCUCAAAAGAUUAGAGCACAGGUCGAAUUCUAUUUUGGGGAUGCAAAUUUACCAACCGACAAGUUUAUGUGGGGAUUAACUGAGGGCAGCUCCAACGUGCCUGUUUCCAUUAAGAAAAUUUGUGAGUUUGGUCGGAUGAGACGUUUUAGCCCAUAUGAGGCUGUAGUUUCUGCCCUUAAGGAGAGUAAAUUCUUACAGGUAAGCGGUGAGGAGGGUGCCGAAGUAGUUAAUCGAAGAACUGCGUUUGAUCCUAAUACUCCACGAAAUAAGGCAGAGAGUCGAUCAAUAUAUGCGAAGGGUUUCGGUAACGAAGAACCGAGUUCCCAGUUCGACAUUGAGGCAUUUUUCGCACCUUAUGGCCCUACAAAUGCUGUGCGCUUACGCCGUACACAUGAGAAACUAUUCAAAGGCUCUGUGUUUGUAGAAUUCGCAGAUGAAGAGACAGCUCAGAAGUUUCUCGACCUUCCGAAUAAACCUCUCUGGAAAGGCGAGCAUGGGCUAAGGGUUAUGUCAAAGAAGGCUUACAUGGACCUUAAAAUGGAAGAAAUAAAGUCUGGCACGAUAGAACCGGCAAGCAGCGAUAAAUGGCUUCAGGGGAGAGGCCGAGGAAGAGGACGAGGAAACCGUUGCGGCCAGGGACAGAGUGGCCGUCAUAGAGAUGAUCGCGAUCCAAAUGACUGGAAAAAGCGACGAGAAGACGACAGAGCUUCUGGUUUCAAGGAUGAUCGAAACAGAAAUAGAGGAGGUCGAGGUCGUGGACGGGGACGCGGCGAGAACAAGUGCCGCAAUGGUAGAGAUCGCAACUCUGAUCGGAAGCAGGAAGGCGAGGACUCAAACCAGGAAAACAAAUCAAAUCCCAACGCUAUUAGCGUUAAUCCAAACCGCCAAUGUGAGGCACAAAAAUCUUCUGAAUCAGUAGCAGCAAAUUCAAACGAUGCCGAUCUUAAAUCUGCCCCUAAUCAAUCUGUUGAAAAUCAACAUGACAAUUCCCCUUCUAAAAAACGUGGCCUCGAAGAUGACGGGAGUAAUGAGCAAGGUGCAUGCAAAAAAGUAAAUAUUAAAACCGAAGCACCAGUAGUAGAAUAA